UCACGAACACCAACACCAUCACCAUCACCAUCACCAUCAUCGUCACCCGUUAUCGUCAUCGUUAUCAUCUUUAUACAUUUCGCAUUCUCCAAUCUCCAUUCCACACUUCAUUUGCAUCACAUACGCGGAGCAGUGAGCAUUAAGCACACAGUAGUCUGACAGUCCCAAGUCCAGGAUGGGCGACUAUCAUGAGUUUACGGAUCAGUAUAAGGUGCCAGUGAUAGCCAAGCUGCUGCACGCAUUGCCUCACUACAACAUCACGUUCCACAAGAUCAACAGCACGUUUCGGCCCAAUGAUGAGAUCUAUUUGGAGAGCCUGGGAAUAUUGGGAUCGGUGCCGGCAGCGCUGUUGAUUGUCUCACUGCUGGGACUGCUGUUCUAUUUGAUGACCCGUUGUUGCGACCGGAAGCCGCGUCCGGCGCACUCGAUAACCAGCUUAAAGGUGGCCCUGUCCAUAGUCACGGUGAUGUGCUGUGCGGCGAUUGGACUUGGUCUCUAUGGAAAUGAUGAUCUGCACAAUGGGCUGCUCGAGGUGCUGACGGCGGGACGAAAGGUCGACAAUUUGGUGACAACGAUUCGCAAUCAGACGCAUAUAUUGGAGAACACGCUGACGAAUCGCAUACGGCCGCAGUUGGUGGAGUUGGCGGAUAUCUUUGAUCAGCCGGUUUCCAAUCAGACGGCGCUAUCCAAGCUCUUUGUCUCGCUGAAUAUUGUGCAGGGUAAUGUGACGUUGGCAACGAAUGCUGCCAGCGAUAUUCGGCGACCAUUAAUGGGCAUCUCCAUGACGCACUUCCUCACUCGCGGCGACCAAUGGGAGCUCAUCCGUUGGCCUGGCACGGUGGCAACUCUGGCCCUGCUACUCGUCCUCUGUGCCGUGCUGCUUGUGGGCGUGGCCCGGCAUUCCCGCUGCGCCUUGAUAUUGUUCAGUGUGUGUGGUCUGCUGGCCGUAACCGGCUCCUGGUUGAUGUCCGGCCUGUAUCUGUCCUCCUCGGUGGCUGUGGGAGAUUUAUGCAUUAGCCCCGCUGAUUUUCUAGUCUCCACGGCACCCAGAGAUUUGCCCACCAAUGUCCUGCUGCACUACACCCAAUGCGAGCCCGGACACACCAAUCCCUUCACCCAACGACUCCGUGAAUCACAGAAUUCGCUAAAUAAUGCGCGCAGUGCCAUGGCCACCGUCAUGAAGAUCUCGCUGGUGCUGUUCAAGAGCUCGGGACUGCAACCGAAGUUGGGUGCAGUGAAUGCGGAUUUGAAUAGCAGCGAAAGGCUGUUGACCCAACUGACCGCAUUGGUCGACUGCAAGGCGGUUCAUCAUAAUUUCCUGGCUGCGGCCCGUGGCCUUUGCGAGGGUGGACUUCUUGGCCUGGUCCUAAUGCUGAUAGCCAGCUUUAUAGCUGCAAUUUUGCUAACCAUAAUGGUGUGGGUUGAUUCACAUACAUGGAUCUAUAUACGCAAGCGUAAUGAUUACGCCCAGGUGGAUGAGCCAUCGUAUAUAUCGCAUCCGGCACCACAGAACCAUCAGCAGAUGAUGAAUGCGGCACGCACAUUGCCGCGCAACCAUAACGGGCACUUCAGUCCCCCAGUGAUCAGCGGCUCCCACACGCUGCAGCAUCCCAACAAACGGCAGCACCACGAGAUGAUGGCACACGCUCACAUCCAGCAGAAUAUGCGGGCAAUGGGCACCCAUACGCUGGGUCGACUGCCUUCGCAUAACCACAGCCCCACCCAUAUGACUGGUCCCAAUAACGCCGCCGCCGUCGCCGCCGCAGCCGCCGCUUCCUCCGUACCGCCGACGACACAGGCCCAGGUGGCCCAGGCCCAGGCCCACGCCCAUGCCCAUGCCCAGCAGCAGGCACAGCAGCAGCAGCAGCAACAGCAGCAGCAACAACAACAAUUGGGUCCACAGCCAAUCUAUUGCCAUCAUCCGCAUCAGCAUCCACACGCUCAUCCCCAUGCACAUCCCCAUUCACACUCGGCUGCCGUCGCUGCCGCCGUACAGCAUCAGCAUGCCAUCUAUCACCAGCAGCAGGCUCAGGCCCAGGCACAGGCUCAGGCGCAGGCUCAACAGUAUGGAACAUAUACGACGGCAGCGGCGGCACAUCAUGCCCAGCAGCAUCAUUUGCCGCCGCCGGGUCAGAGUCAGAUUUAUCAACAGAUUCCGGCACAUUUGGCGGGUCAAUUGGCGCAGAAUGGAGGUAAUCCGCAUUCGAUAUAUCAGCCGCUGGUGGCGGUCAGUCAGGGUUCCAUUUAUGUGUCCAAUUUGGCGACAAUGCGACGACAGAAUAGCCAGGGUGGACCACAAAUCCCAGCGCAUCAUCACCAGCCGUCGUCGUCGUCGUCGGUGCAGUCGCAACCGCCGCCAAAUCCGCAUCAUUCGCAGCAGCAACAAACGAAUCCACAUCCACAUCCGCAUCCGCAUCCCCACCAGCAACAGCAGCAGCAGCAGUCACAACAACCGCCGCCACCGUCACAGCAACAACAGCAACUGCAUCCGCAUGCCCAUCAGCUGAAGUCACCACAGCAGCAGCAACAACAACAACAGCUGCCGCCGGAUACUGAAGUGGUGCCAAUUAGCACCACUUUGGAUGCGGGCAUCUAUGAUCGCGAUAAGCAGAUCUACAAGUGUUCCACAUUGCGGCAGGGCGGUAAAUUUGAUCCCAAAUAUAAGCCAUCGAUAUUGAACUGUCCGCUGCCCGAAAUACCCAAGGAUGCGGAGCAACCCAAGGUGGAAUCCAUUUAUCAGCAACAGCAGCAGCAUCAUCAGACACAGAAUUACUCCAAAACCUUGCAGCGGCCACCGAUGAAGUUGCCGCCACAAAUGAAGGCGAUACCGCCUCCACGCAUUGGCACGCCCACCUCCCCACCGCCACCGUCGGCACAGCCCGCCCAGAAUCUCAAUGAUGCAGCGCAAUUGCAAUUGCAAUUGCAGUUGCAGAAUGGCGCCGCCAAUAAUGAUGAUGCUGCACUGCCUCCGCCGCCGCUCGAGGCACAAACACAUCUGGGCAACACGGUAGAUGCCACGCCCCCCAAAACACGCGCCCAAACACUCAACGGCAAGGCGGCCAAUGGCCUGGCGAUGCACAACGGCGGCGUCGGCGUUGCAGGCGGAACUGCAGCAGCAACUGUUGCCGCUGGCGUCAUGGACGAUGAUGAUGAUCUGCCGCCGCCGCCGCCGGCGAUAACCGAUGAGAGCAACUAUGCGGUAACUGAGCUGUAAGAGAGAACGAGAGACAGCGAAAGAGAGAGGCAGAGAGAGAACCAUUUAACUUUUUUUUAAGUAUGUUCCUUGGUUCUUGAUUAUUGGCAUUUUGAAUCCCAGAAACUUCCCCCCAUGCAGCAACAACAACGUAAAUUACGCGACUUGCGACUUUUGUACAUAUACAUACACACACACACACACACACAUGUACAAGCAUACACAAAUAAGUAUGCAAACAUAGUAUAAAAAAAAUAACAUUCUUUUUGAUAAUAGCCAUUUUUAUGAUCGCAAAAUUUUAUGAUAACACUUUUUAGCAGAACAGUAAGAAAAUAACAACAACAACAACAACACAAAAA